UAGAUAUAUAUGUGUGUUCUCUUUUAUUAAAUGCUGAGAUAUGUUUCAUUUCUUUUUAUUUUUAGAGAACAAACAAACGAAAUUGCAUUGAAAAGGUAGUUGAUAUCUGUGAAAUCUGUUGUAGAUGAUCACCUGUACAUAAAUUGUGGCGGUGGAGUAGCAUCAAUCAAUGGAACUGAAUAUGAAGCUGAUAAUGAAACUCUUGGAGGUUCUUCGCAUUUCUUUUUGAGUCCUAAUAAAAAAUGGGGAUACAGUAGUAUGGGAAGUUUUUCUGAGUCAUACCCUGGCUGGUGGUCCCCAUCCCCAUUCCGAUCCCCAUCCCCAUCCCAAAGCAAGUACCUAAGCUAUAAAACAUGUAACCUUAACAUGUCCGAUGCAAUAUUGUACAACACUGCGCGCAUUGCCCCCAUAUCCCUCAAGUACUAUGGAUUUUGCUUAAAAAAUGGACAUUACAUUGUGAAACUUCACUUUGCUGAAAUAGCAUGGAAUCAACAGAGAGGGCUUAAUCAGACAAAGCUUAGCAGCACAUUGAAGCGAAUUUUCAAUGUGAAAAUUCAGGACAAACAGGUACUGACAAAUUUCAAUAUAGUAGAACAGGCUAAGGGUGUUGACCAGAGUAUCACUCAAGAGUUUGAAGUUCAUGUGAAUAACAGCCAACUAGAGAUUCACUUAUAUUGGGCUGGCAAAGGCUCUACAGUUAUUGCUGGGAUUGUAGCAUCUGCACUACUUAUCGUUGCAUUAGCUUUACUAUUGCUCUGGGAAUUGGGCUACUUUCAGAAGAAAGGAUUGCAUGAUGAAGAACUUAAAGGCAUGGAGUUAUUAUCUGGCUCGUUUUUCAAUGCUCGACAAAUAAAAGUUGCCACACAAAAUUUCAGCCCUGCAAUGAAGCUAGGCGAAGGGGGUUUCGGAUCUGUCUACAAGGUUCAAAUUUAA